CAUUUUAAGAAAUUCCCACCAGGCUUUUUGCUUUUAAGACUUAUUUGUUUUGCUUUAUUUUCUUUCUUACUCUGUAUAGCACUUUGGUAUAACUUUGGUUGAUUUUAAACAUGCUAUAUACAUGAAUUUGAGCCUGACCUGUUAUCCGAGUCUAGAUUGCCUGCAUGUUAACACACAACCCACUGCUUCUGAUCUUGCCAUUUCGGUCUGCUGUGCUUGUUCAUCACUGUGUCUGAGUUCUCUGCUGUCCUCCCCACUGGAUGGUGUCUGGGGUGGGAACCAUCUGAGCUGGAGUGCUGCUGCAGUCCCACCAUGGAUGUAACUUACGAACUCACACCGUGUGGGCUGCCUUCAGUCUCCCGAUUCACUCUGACAGCCACAGAGAUCCGACUCAUUCAUGGACUUUGGCUUUGACCACGAUGACAGUUUACAUCUGCUUUUGGUAAGCAGGCCCAUUCAUUCUAUUUUCUAUACACGUGCGGGCAGGGGAUGUGUGGUGAAAGGCGCUAUAUAAAAUUAAAUUGUAUUGAAUCAUAACUCAUUAUGCGUUGUGUUUAAUAUGCAUGGUUGUGAUGUAUUGUAAUUUUUAUUUUGCCCUGUUUUUUAAAUGUUUAUGGUGUCUAAGGUGUAUGGACAGCGCGCAUAGGCAUUUCCGAUGUCGCCGGCUCUGAGAAUCACGUCGAGGCUGAGCGCAGCAAUGCACUGCUAACCGUCAGCCUUAUGCCGGAAGUCGCUUAUAAGCGCCAAUUUCAUUUGUUCUCCAACUGCCUUACACCGUGACAUGCCGCUAAAACGGACGCCUUUCAUUGGGCUUUCUGGUUGUCAAUCAGCCUGAUGGGCGGUAUGUUUGGUUGAGACAGGAAUUGUGGCGCGGAGAGGGGCGGGGUGAUAAACACAACGCUGGUAUGGAAGCGUCAGAAUAAAUCAUUUUGGUUUGAUAUGAUCCUUCCAGGGAAAAAAAGUUUUCGGUAGGUUGGGGGCUAGUGCAUCCAUGGAUGAAGAGGAGACGGUUCAUCGCUUAGACGGAUAAUAAAAUAUUGGGAAGGUCCAUUAGUGAGUAUAGGAGAGAAGGCGAGUUUAAAGCCUGCUCGGGUGGCGGGCAGCACGGCUGAUCGGCGUUACCCCACGGAGAGCCAGCCGGCCUGCCUGCUUAGCUCAGCGCACCUGGCGGCGGCCUGCUGCAGACACGCCGCCUUUCAGUGCCAGUUAUACUGAUGUUUUUCGCCUUUUCCGUCUCCAUGGCCGUGCGUAGUCCGCCCCCUUUUUCAGGAAUGCAGUUUUGUCUGGCGGCAUCGUGAAGCAAAGCCCGAUCGGGCUGAACUCCCGGAGCACCGCUGCUGAGAUACGAGAAUCUCCCGCAUUUUAACACAUCGUUUCCUAAAGCGUCGGCCACACCGAUCGGCCGCCCGGGUGACCGUGUUUCACUCCAGCGUCCCCGUCAGACACGUUGCACGGAGGGUCACACGUGUGGUGAUGGAUAACGCCGGAGCCAUGUCGCACGAAAAGAUGGAGCUGGACCUCGACGCGCUGUCAUCCGUGGCCCAGAGCGACGGCCAGCUGAGGCGAUCUAACAGCGCACCGAUGAUUAACGGCCUGAGUGAUAACUCGCCCGUUUUCCAGCAAGAGACGCUCCGAAACAGGAGAAACAGCACGACGGUGGUGAACCGCACCAGUCCGGUACAGGGGGCGCUCUUCUGUGUGUGUGUGUGUGUGUGUGUGUUUGUGUGUGUGUGUGUGUGUGUGAACUGUGAGAGGGCCCUGUGCUUGUUAGAAGCACUUUGUUCCCAUGUGGUGGGUGAUGCUUGUCUUCUCCUCCUCCAGAUGGUCCCGUCGUCUCCCAUCCGUGUUCCCAGCACCAGACUUCACCAGAUCAAGCAGGAGGAGGGCGUGGACGUGAUGAACAGGGAGGCGGCCCACGAGCGGGAGGUGCAGGCAGCCAUGCAGAUGAGUCAGUCGUGGGAGGAGUCUCUCAGUCUGAGUGAUCACGACUUUGAGAAAUCCUCCUCAUCCUCGCCCAAAUGGAUCGACUUCGUCCCGGUGUCGCCGGCGCCGUCUCCCACACGCAGUAUCGGCAAGAAGCAAUGCUUUUCUCCAUCCCUGCAAAUUCUGGUGAACAGUAAUGGUUUGACGCCCAGCCCCACCCCCAGCCCUACGCGCCGUUUCAGCAGGAGGAGCCAGAGUCCCAGCAACUGCAUUCGGCCCAGCAUCCUGAAACCCGUCAAAAGGAAAGGCGACGCGGAGAUGGAAAGCCAGCCCAAGCGGCUCUUCCAGGGCACCACCAGCAUGCUGUCCUCUGAGACGUCUCCGGGGCAGGACCUGGGCUCCUGUCUGUCCCCGGAUCUUCUGGACGGGAGCCUGAGCAGCGUUGGAUCUUCUGCAGGAUCUCCAGCCAAGAUGGAUGGGGCUUCUCCCUCCCCAAGCACCUCGCCCUUUGCCCCCAUCCAAGACCUGUCAUCCAAAUAAAAGCGGGGGCGGGGGGGCAGGGUGUCCUUAUAUGGCUUUCCUUUAUUUUUUCCCCUCCUGGGGCGAUUUGCAUGGUGUGGUAAGCCGAUGUCCGGGGUUGAACCCUUGUGUGUGUGUGUGUGUGUGUGUGUGUGUGUGUGUGGUGGGGGGGGCGUAUUGAGUGAAGAAUAUUUGCACCGGCUGCUAGAUGUUCGUUGACUACAUGGUGCUGAAACCGGUUGGUCUCUCUGCCUACUGUGACUCUUCGUAAACCUAAGAAAUCCGCCCCCCUCCAGCAGAGCAGCGUAAACCUGUCUCUCCACUGUGCAGCUGGUCUAAGACAAAGGAUGGACGGCACCUGCCAGGCCUGCCGCUCUCGAUAGCAGGCCUCUAAUCAGGAGGCAGACGUGUCAUUGAUCUGCAGGUCUCUGUAUCUACGCCUGUCUGUAGGUCUUUUCCAGAAUGAAAGCUCAGGGCCGGAAGUAAGGCAGAACGCAACGUCAUAAGGGCUGGAUCAUAGUCGAAGGGAAAGAAUGUUCCGGAACCUGUCCUCUGUCCUUCUACACAUUUGACCAACUGAUGUGGGCAUGUUUGGUGUCACUUUGCCUGUUGGCCACACCUUUUGUCCCUCUGGUUCUACACGUGGUUGUCUGGCUGCCUGUAAUGUGGGGCGUGAUGUUUUUCCUGUCGUCCCUUUUCCACAUCUUUACGGUGUUGCCGUGUCCCCAAGCAGUGGCUGCUGAAUUGAAUUCACACCCCAAUGUCCCGCAGGGUUGAUAGAUCACGGGGAAAAGUCAGUGACUCACAUCGUAGAUUUAGCCUGGCUUCCGCUGCUUGUUUUGAUGGCAGCAGAACAGGAUUAACAGUAUUGGGGGGGGGGGGGGUGCUGCUCGUGUGCCUGGUGAGGUCGACUUGAUCCCAAACCUGGUGACCUUUGACCUCCCAUAAUUCCUGUGCCGAGUGACACAAUCAAAGCAGGGGCCAUGAUUCAUGUGGGAGGCAAAAGGGCUUUAUGCAAGACGUCUGCUCCUGUUUGUCCGUGUUAGAUUGCUACACCAGGGUUGUUGACCUAUGUGGAAACAACAGGAUAAUUUACAGGGUCCCACUGUCUAGACGCCGUGCUUGAAGGGGUCGACCCAAGAGCGUUUUCUCAACAUUAACGAAACAUCGAAGUGUUUCUUGCAAUUUUUGAUUGAACUCUGUGCCAUUUUCAAUGACUACAUGCAAAAGAUGCUAAACUGUAAUUGUGUAAAAAAAAAAAGUCUGAUUGCUGUAAUUUAAGUUUUUUUUUUUUUUGGUUAUUUUAUUGAGUAUACCUUUGGAAGAUCUCUUUUAAGGUAGAUGGUUAUUUAAAAAAAAAAAAAAAGCAUGGUAUAUAAGUUGACCAGUUUGUGGGGUUUUUUGUUAAAAGGGAGAGAGGAUAUGAAUCAUUUUUAUAUGCCAACAUGGAUUCAUUAGUUUAAAAAGUAAAAGCUUGAGAAAAGCUUCCUGAUGCUGCGGUUUGUACAGGAUCCUUCAUUUAAGAAAAUCAGGCAAAAUGCACCUUGUUUUGGUUCUAAUGCUCUACUGUUACCUCUGUACCCCCUCCCACCCUCAAAGUGUGCUAACGUCAUACAUACAUAAAUGCAGGAUGUUGGGCGUUGACUUCAUCCCAGUUGCUCCUGCUGUGUGUGUACGCGUACGCACAUGCACACGCACACGUGUGUUUUAUGCCAAAAUAUAUGAAUUUCUGCGUGUUUUUGUCCCUGUCAGCUGUAUUUUGUUCAGCCCACAAACCAUUUCCCUCAAACUGAGGUUUAAGGAUGUAAGAAUACAGAAUAAAUUAUUAGCUGUACAGUCA